AAUAUUGGUCCCACGCAGGCAAUGUUAGAUAUACAUAAAACCUAGUUGUGAGUCCUGACUCUACCGUACCCCAGUGAUGCAUCAGGCUUUACUUGUUCCCGAAGUCCUCCUGGAGAUAUUCGCCUAUGUGAACACAAUACCACCUGCCCACACAACAGAGAUAUUCGGUCAUGUGCACAUAAUACCAUGGGCCUCUGCUCAAGUAACAUCGACGCUUGCAGCGCUUGCCAGGACAUGCAAAAUCUUCCACGAGCCUGCUAUGGAUUUGCUGUGGACCGAAAUCCAUGGGUUAGAACCACUGCUAGGCUGUGUAGCGAGGUUACAUCCACUGAUAUAUCGUAGGGGUACGAGUCAUCCGACUUGGGACGAGUUUUUUUCAAGUUCCUGGGCGGAAGGCGUCGAGCCAUUAUCUGCCAAUGAAACUCGUCAAUUUCUGCGUCACUCCUCCCGUAUACGCACAUUGAACAUAAAAAGGACCCAUCCCCGACUUUUCUAUGUCAUUCCCGUCAAUGUAUACGUAUUUCCGAGGCUGAGGUCAUUAAUUCUUUCCACCCCAUUUUUGAAUCUCUUUCUGUCUCACACGCUGCACCGACGUCAUCCAUUGAGCAUCGACGAGGGUCCGCAAUCUUUUGUGACGCGUUGCAUUGCUUUGGAGCAUUUAUACAUCCACAAUGACGGUUGUUAUGACAGCGCAAGUCGACUGUCCCUGCUAUCCAAUAGGAUUCGUCGGUGCACGCGGCUUGUAACCCUGUCUUGUCCAAUGCUCAACUGGGAAACAUGGAAGCACCUCUCCUGCCUCCCUACUCUUCUCGAAUUGGAAAUCGAUCAAGGGUAUGAUGACACUCCUUCACUGUCAAAACGAGAUAUCGCGAAUUUGUCAUUCCUUAACAUCACGAGCCUUUCCUUUCGAGGGCUGAGUGAUGGUGCAGAGAUCAUCACAGUCAUACAAAACUCGCAAUUUCCCUCACUAAAAAAGUUCAAGUUUGCAGCCCUCUAUCUGUAUUCAGAAGAGGCCGAGCAACUCUUUCAUGCUCUGUCCUGCUGCAAAGCGUGUCAGACUCUAGAAGAAAUCACCAUUUGUUCUCCUGAUGAAGGAGACUCUGUACCCCCAGACAGCGAGCCUGUGACACCAGUUCCACAUUUGCUUUGCUUUACACAACUUCGAACCCUGCAGCUCUGGUUCUAUAAUCCUUGCAUCUACCUGGACGAUGACAUUCUCUUGCAAGCUAUGUCUAGUUGGCCGCACAUCCGCACUCUGGACAUCAACUACUUAGACGACCAUCAUUCUCCUUCCGGAGUCUCCCUCCAUGGAUUAUUCGCAGCGCUCAGUCUAUGUCCACAAUUGCAUACACUGCGAAUUCUAAUCAAUCUUACAACUAUCGACGUUGAUCCUGAUGCUGAGCCAAUACAACAUACCUCCCUACGAACAUUGGAACUUUUGGAUAUAUCCCAGUCUCAAAUAGCAGAUGCUGAAGCUCUCGCUCGCAUCAUUUCCGCCUGGCUCCCUUGUGUCGACAAAGUUGAAAGCAUUGGUAGCACUUGGGAUGAAGUCAACAAGCAUCUCAAAUCUUCGACAGCGGCUACUGCGCUGUAUGUCGCGGGAGCCUCCUAGAAUCGUUAAGUGGGAAUACCUCCACGUCUGGUAAUGUUGUCACGUACCUUUGAGUUCUUUCGUUCCUUUGUUGUCGUUGUCGUCGCCGUUGACUGUAGUUAUAAACUGUAUUACCUCAACAUACUU